AUGGGAGCCCAACCUGAGGAAGGUCAGAAGCCUUGCUCGAGGGUCCAGACCCUGUUUAAGAGGGUCAAGUCCUUACUCACCAACCCACCCCCCUCCUUGAACCUGGGCUAUACCCAUGGAUAUGGGUACGUGCUUGGGCAUGUGCCUGAAAGCAAACUGGAGCAUCUCCCAACACAGCAGCGGAGUUUGGGCACCAUGCUGGACACUGGACAGCAGCUGGUGGUCCCUGUGGCUAUCGUGGAGGUAGAUAAUGAGGGAGCCUUGUGGAAGUUUCUCCUCUCGGGAGCCAUGGCCGGGGCGGUGUCUCACACAGGCACGGCCCCUCUGGACUGUGCCAAGGUGUACAUGCAGGUCCACUCCUCCAAGACAAAUUUCAUGAAUUUGCUGGGAGGUAUACGGAGCACGGUCUAGGAGUGGGGGUGGGGAGGUGUCUGCUUGCUAUGGCAGGGCAGUGGUAUCAACGUACUCAAGAUCGCCCCGGAGUACGCCAUCAAGUUCUCUGUCUUUGAACAGUGUAAGAAUUACUUCUGCGGAGUGCAUGAGUCCCCACCCUUUCAGGAAUGACUCCUUGCCAGCUCCCUGGCUGUGGCCACUUCCCAGACGCUCAUCAACCCCAUGGAGGUGCUGAAGACACGGCUGACCCUGCCGACUGGCCAGUACAAGGGGCUGCUAGACUGCGCCAGGCAUAUCGCGGAGCAGGAGGGCACCCACGCCCUUUACCGCGGCUACCUGAUGCUUGACAUUCCUUACGCCUGCACCAACCUGGCUGUCUACGAGAUGCUCAGGUGCCUCUGGCUGAAGUCAGGCAGGGACAUGGAGGACCCCAGUGGCCUGGUCAGUCUGUCGUCCGUGACAUUGUCCACAACCUGUGGCCGGAUGGCCAGUUACCCACUGACUUCGGUGCGCAUCAGGAUGCAAGCCCAAGACACCGUGGAGGGUUCGAACCUCACCAUGCGUGGAGUCUUCCGGCGGAUCCUGGCCCAGCAGGGCUGCCCAGGGCUGUACCGAGGCAUGACCCCCAUGUUACUGAAGGUGUUGCCAGCAGGUGGCAUCAGCUACGUGGUGUACGAAGCCAUGAAGACCCUGGGCGUAUAA